CAGGUGCCUUCCGCAAAUAGAUCUUCUAGGCCUUUCUAUAGAUAUCCAUCGAGUGGCUGGAGGGGUUUAUAAGGCUGACGAGCAGGAGCUGCUGGUACCGCCACGCGUUUGACUAAGACGGAGAGGAUACCCUUCUGCUGAAAGGAUGGCCGAGAGACGCGUUCCCUUCACCUUCCUGCGAUCUCCCAGCUGGGACCCCUUCCGGGACUGGUACGGCAGCCGCCUCUUCGACCAGGCCUUCGGGAUGCCCGUCCUCCCGGAGGAGUUGUUCCACUGGCCGAGCACCCACUGGCCAGGCUAUCUGCGGCCGCCAGCCUCCCCGUCUGAAGCAGCAGCCACGGCAAUGGCGUCUCCGUACGCCCGCGCUCUGUCGCGCCAGCUGAGCAGCGGCAUGUCGGAGAUCAAGCAGACCCCAGAACUCUGGAAGGUCAGCCUGGAUGUGAACCACUUUGCCCCCGAGGAGCUGGUGGUGAAAACCAAAGACGGGGUGGUGGAAAUCACAGGGAAGCACGAGGAAAGGAGAGACGAACACGGCUGCAUUUCCCGAUGCUUCACCAGGAAGUACACGCUCCCUCCUGGCGCGGAUGCAGAGAAAGUCACAUCUACCCUCUCCCCAGAAGGCUUGCUCACAGUGGAGGCUCCGCUGCCCAAACCAGCCAUCACGGCCUCGGAGGUCACCAUACCCGUCACCCUGGAAAGCAAGGCCAAGCCGGGGCCAGAGGCCGAGAAGUGAUCCCACAUCCCGCUGCAGCCGCCCGGCCAGCACACCCCCGCAACGCAAGCUCUCGGCAAAGAGCGAGGAGGCGGGCGGCGGCUCGUGUCGACGGCCACGUUAGGCAGCGGAGCAGCAAUUAGUACAUUGUUUGGGAGAAAUGAUGCAUUGUCUGUCCCAUCCUGUCCUCCUCUGUGUUAAUGAACUUACUCUGCCUGUGUGUGCUGUGUAAACACAUCUGCACAAGUGCCAUAUGCUGCUUCUGCAGUAAUUAUAGUCUUCAUUUGCAUUAAGAAAAACUGCCAUUAGCCCCCCCCCUCCCUUUGCAACUUCCUAUUAUUUGCUUGCCAAGCACCGAAAGCAAUUAGCUGCACCUCGUGUCGCCGCUGCGGUGUCUCUCUUUCGCAGCGCUGUCAUCAGUCCAUGUCACUCUUUAGUAAAGGGCUUCAUAGGAUGGGAACUAUACACCUGCGAUUCAGCCACGCAGCCGAACCGAGUUCCAGUUAAUGCGUGGAAAAGCCCGUUGAACAAAUGAUCGUUUCACAUGUAACGGAUUGGGUGUCUUCCGUUAAUGGGAACCGAAUCUUAUUCGUUUCUUUAUUUGCAUUCUGAAUUUUAAGCAUUUAAUCACUGGAAUUUGCAGACAUAGCUGUUCUCUUACCUGUUGACCUGUCAGAAACAGUGUCAUUAUAAAAUGAGCAGUCAAAACAGUUAGCGUUGUUCCUUUUGUUUCGCUUGCUGUUAAAUGCAUCAUUCUCAACUAUAUAUAUAGAAGGACGGGAGCUGAACUGUAAUGAAUUCUGAGAAAACACGUUUAAUAUGUAGUUGUACUAUAAAGGCGCAAUCGCUAUACCAAUAAUAAAUAAACUUUGUAUUUUUGAAGCAUUCAACCAGUAUUGAAUUACUGAGUAAGAUUUCUUCUAAGAUAUUGAAAAUGUUUCAAACUGCAGGAGAUUAUAACCUGAUUUGUGGUCACACAGAGGGGGGUG